UCUGGUAGCUGUUCAGUUGUGUAGAGCCUAGAGCACUUGUUUACACGUGCAAAGAGGAAUAAUUGUUUGCCGAAAUUAUGUAUGAUCAGGACGAAGAUAUUCAGUAUGAUGAAGAUGAUGAUGAAAUUACCCCAGAUUUGUGGCAAGAAGCCUGUUGGAUUGUCAUCAGCUCCUACUUUGAUGAGAAGGGUUUGGUGCGACAGCAGCUGGACUCUUUUGAUGAGUUCAUUCAGAUGUCUGUCCAGAGGAUAGUGGAAGAUGCUCCACCCAUCGACCUUCAAGCCGAGGCUCAGCACACUUCUGGGGAGGUGGAGGAGCCGCCACGCUACCUGUUGAAGUUUGAGCAGAUUUAUCUGUCCAAACCCACUCACUGGGAACGAGAUGGAGCUCCUUCUCCCAUGAUGCCUAAUGAAGCCAGAUUGCGGAACCUGACAUACUCGGCACCAUUGUACGUGGACAUCACUAAGACCAUCAUUAAGGAGGGAGAGGAGCAGCUUCAGACGCAGCAUCAGAAAACCUUCAUCGGCAAAAUUCCCAUCAUGCUUCGCUCCACCUACUGCCUGCUCAGCGGCCUGACAGAUCGUGAUCUCUGCGAGUUGAACGAAUGCCCGUUGGAUCCAGGAGGCUAUUUCAUUAUCAACGGUUCUGAGAAGGUGUUAAUUGCUCAGGAGAAGAUGGCCACAAACACAGUGUACGUCUUUGCUAAGAAAGAUUCUAAGUAUGCGUACACAGCAGAGUGCAGGUCCUGCCUGGAGAACUCUUCCAGACCAACCAGCUCCAUCUGGGUUAGCAUGAUGGCCAGAGGAGGCCAGGGAGUGAAGAAAAGUGCCAUCGGACAGAGGAUCGUUUCCACGCUGCCCUACAUCAGACAGGAAGUGCCCAUCAUCAUCGUGUUCCGUGCCCUUGGCUUUGUGUCUGACAGAGACAUUCUGGAACACAUCAUCUAUGACUUCGAUGAUCCAGAGAUGAUGGAGAUGGUUAAACCUUCACUGGAUGAGGCCUUUGUGAUCCAGGAGCAGAACGUAGCGCUGAACUUCAUCGGUUCCAGAGGUGCCAAACCUGGCGUCACAAAAGAGAGAAGGAUUAAAUAUGCCAAGGAGGUUCUGCAGAAGGAAGUCUUGCCCCAUGUGGGUGUCAGUGACUUCUGUGAGACCAAGAAGGCCUACUUUUUAGGCUACAUGGUUCAUCGACUUCUGCUGGCUGCUUUGGGCAGACGAGAGCUAGAUGACAGAGAUCACUAUGGCAACAAGAGAUUGGAUCUUGCCGGGCCAUUGCUGGCAUUCCUUUUCCGAGGAAUGUUCAAAAAUCUGUUGAAGGAGAUCAGAAUCUAUGCUCAAAAGUUCAUCGACAGAGGGAAAGACUUCAAUCUAGAGCUGGCCAUAAAAACCCGAAUCAUCUCAGAUGGGCUGAAGUAUUCUUUAGCUACAGGAAACUGGGGAGAUGUCAAGAAAGCUCACCAGGCCAGAGCUGGUGUAUCUCAGGUGUUGAACCGUCUGACUUUUGCCUCCACACUCUCCCACCUUCGUCGUGUGAACUCUCCUAUUGGACGAGACGGCAAGCUAGCCAAGCCCAGACAGCUCCACAACACACUGUGGGGCAUGGUCUGCCCUGCUGAGACCCCAGAGGGUCACGCUGUAGGUCUGGUGAAGAAUCUGGCCCUUAUGGCCUACAUCUCUGUGGGCUCCCAGCCUUCCCCCAUUCUGGAGUUCUUGGAGGAGUGGAGCAUGGAGAACCUGGAGGAAAUUUCUCCUGCAGCUAUUGCAGAUGCUACUAAGAUUUUUGUGAAUGGCUGCUGGGUGGGUAUUCACAAAGACCCCGAGCAGCUGAUGAACACAUUAAGAAAACUGAGGAGACAGAUGGACAUCAUUGUGUCUGAGGUAUCAAUGAUCAGGGACAUCCGGGAGAGAGAGAUCCGGAUCUACACGGACGCUGGCAGGAUCUGUCGUCCUCUGCUGAUCGUGGAGAAACAGAAGUUGCUUCUGAAGAGACGCCACAUUGACCAGCUCAAGGAGAGAGAAUACAAUAACUACAGUUGGCAGGACUUGGUGGCCAGCGGUGUAGUGGAAUACAUAGACACACUGGAGGAGGAGACUGUCAUGCUGGCUAUGACCCCAGAUGACCUGCAGGAGAAAGGUGUGGCUUAUUGUUCCACGUACACGCAUUGCGAGAUUCAUCCGUCCAUGAUCCUGGGAGUCUGUGCUUCCAUCAUCCCCUUCCCUGAUCACAAUCAGUCUCCUAGGAACACUUACCAAUCUGCUAUGGGUAAACAAGCCAUGGGCGUCUACAUCACCAACUUCCAUGUACGUAUGGACACCCUGGCCCAUGUGCUGUACUACCCCCAGAAACCUCUGGUCACCACCCGCUCCAUGGAGUACCUGCGGUUCAGAGAGCUCCCAGCAGGAAUCAACUCUAUUGUGGCCAUUGCGUCAUACACCGGGUACAAUCAGGAGGAUUCUGUCAUCAUGAAUCGCUCUGCUGUGGACCGGGGCUUCUUUAGGUCUGUCUUUUAUCGGUCCUAUAAAGAACAGGAGUCAAAGAAAGGCUUUGAUCAAGAGGAGAUUUUUGAGAAACCCACCCGAGAAACUUGUCAAGGAAUGCGACAUGCCAUUUACGAUAAGUUGGAUGACGAUGGCUUGAUUGCGCCUGGCGUGCGUGUGUCCGGUGAGGAUGUCAUCAUUGGCAAAACGGUGACGUUGCCAGAGAACGACGAUGAACUGGACAGCACGAAUCGCCGCUUCACCAAGAGAGACUGUAGCACUUUCCUGCGCACUAGUGAGACAGGCAUUGUGGACCAGGUGAUGGUUACGCUGAACCAGGAGGGUUACAAGUUCUGCAAGAUCAGGGUACGUUCAGUCCGCAUCCCUCAGAUUGGUGAUAAGUUUGCCAGUCGACAUGGGCAGAAAGGUACCUGUGGAAUCCAGUACAGACAAGAGGAUAUGCCUUUCACGUGUGAGGGAAUCACUCCAGACAUUAUCAUCAACCCUCAUGCCAUCCCCUCUCGAAUGACAGUCGGCCAUUUGAUCGAGUGCCUUCAGGGGAAGGUGUCUGCAAAUAAGGGAGAGAUAGGCGAUGCUACGCCCUUCAACGAUGCAGUAAACGUGCAGAAGGUUUCCAACCUGCUCUCAGAGUACGGCUACCAUCUAAGAGGCAACGAGGUGUUGUACAAUGGCUUCACAGGUAGGAAGCUGACCUCCCAAAUCUUCAUUGGACCGACAUACUACCAGCGCUUGAAGCACAUGGUGGAUGAUAAGAUCCACUCACGUGCCCGCGGGCCUGUCCAAAUCCUCAACAGACAGCCCAUGGAGGGCAGAUCACGUGACGGAGGACUUCGUUUUGGAGAAAUGGAGCGAGAUUGUCAGAUUGCUCACGGGGCAGCGCAGUUUCUGAGAGAGAGGCUGUUUGAAGCCUCCGACCCGUACCAGGUCCACGUGUGUAACCUGUGUGGUCUAAUGGCCAUCGCAAACACUCGCACACACACAUACGAGUGCAGGGGCUGUCGUAACAAAACUCAGAUCUCCCUCAUAAGAAUGCCCUAUGCUUGCAAGCUUCUCUUCCAAGAGCUCAUGUCCAUGAGCAUCGCCCCCCGCAUGAUGGUCUGUUAAACAAACUGUCUGGGAACUCGGUCACGUGAUGUCGGAAUUAAGAAAACAUUGACUGCUACAGUCGGCGAGACCUGAUAUGAAGGCCUCUAUCUAGUGGAACCCAGCUACUGAUGCAUUCUCACAGUGAUUGCUAGAUUUGUGUAUUUUUAAUUUGGAAAGGGUUUUUUUUUUUUUUUGUUUUCACAUGGUAUCAUUGUUUUGGAAAAGAAAGAACAUCUGGCGUUGGUUGUUUUGUGAACGUAGAGUCAAAUAAAGCU